AUGGCUUUUAAGUACCCGGCAGCUCGGAGAGAUGAGAGUAAGGUCGGUGUCAAAUUCCAACAGCGCUUUCAGCUUCAAAUCUCUCUCGCCCAUUCUUAAAGUGGCAGGCGCAGCGCACAAGAAGGAAGAUAUUGCAGGAUGAGGGAGCAAAAAAGAGCAGGCCUUCACUGUGUGCAAAACCAGUGUGGCUGAGCUGAGUAACCCUGAAAUAAGUCGUCCAAUGUGGCGUAAAAUUUAUACAGCAGAAGGGUCAUAAGAUUACAUCUAGAAUCAUUAAAUGAAACAAUAACAAAGUGGUGUUUUGGUAAAAAUGAGAAAUUUAACCACUAUAAUUAAUAGACCUGUAUGGAUGCGGACUGACCAUCCAUGAUAUAAACAAUUAUAGUUUAAACUAUGUUUUGAGGCUAUACCGUGUUUGUUUAAAUGUACGUUGUUAAUUAAACAUUGGAGUAAAACAAGCUUGUAUUUUGGGUUCUGAUGGGGUACCACAGUUGACUAAGCUCAUGAGGCAUUUAUAAGUUAUAUUUUUCAAGAAUCAAUGGGUAUAUAUAUAUAUAUAUAUACAGUGGAGAGAACAAGUAUUUGAUACACUGCCGAUUUUGCAGGUUUUCCUACUUACAAAGCAUGUAGAGGUCUGUAAUUUUUAUCAUAGGUACACUUCAACUGUGAGAGACGGAAUCUAAAACAAAAAUCCAGAAAAUCACAUUGUAUGAUUUUUAAGUAAUUAAUUUGCAUUUUAUUGCAUGACAUAAGUAUUUGAUACAUCAGAAAAGCAGAACUUAAUAUUUGGUACAGAAACCUUUGUUUGCAAUUACAGAGAUCAUACAUUUCCUGUAGGUCUUGACCAGGUUUGCACACACUGCAGCAGGGAUUUUGGCCCACUCCUCCAUACAGACCUUCUCCAGAUCCUUCAGGUUUCGGGGCUGUCGCUGGGCAAUACGGACUUUCAGCUCCCUCCAAAGAUUUUCUAUUGGGUUCAGGUCUGGAGACUGGCUAGGCCACUCCAGGACCUUGAGAUGCUUCUUACGGAGCCACUCCUUAGUUGCCCUGGCUGUGUGUUUCGGGUCGUUGUCAUGCUGGAAGACCCAGCCACGACCCAUUUUCAAUGCUCUUACUGAGGGAAGGAGGUUGUUGGCCAAGAUCUCGCGAUACAUGGCCCCAUCCAUCCUCCCCUCAAUACGGUGCAGUCGUCCUGUCCCCUUUGCAGAAAAGCAUCCCCAAAGAAUGAUGUUUCCACCUCCAUGCUUCACGGUUGGGAUGGUGUUCUUGGGGUUGUACUCAUCCUUCUUCUUCCUCCAAACACGGCGAGUGGAGUUUAGACCAAAAAGCUCUAUUUUUGUCUCAUCAGACAUUUACAUUUACAUUUUAGUCAUUUAGCAGACGCUCUUAUCCAGAGCGACUUACAUGAGCAAUUAGGGUUAAGUGCCUUGCUUAAGGGCACAUCGACAGAUUUUUCACCUAGUCAGCUCGGGGAUUAGAACCAGCGACCUUUCGGUUACUGGCACAACGUUCUUACCCACUAAGCUACCUGUCGCCCAGACCACAUGACCUUCUCCCAUUCCUCCUCUGGAUCAUCCAGAUGGUCAUUGGCAAACUUCAGACGGGCCUGGACAUGCGCUGGCUUGAUGAGGGGGACCUUGCGUGCGCUGCAGGAUUUUAAUCCAUGACGGCGUAAUGUGUUACUAAGGGUUUUCUUUGAGACUGUGGUCCCAACUCUCUUCAGGUCAUUGACCAGGUCCUGCCGUGUAGUUCUGGGCUGAUCUCUCACCUUCCUCAUGAUCAUUGAUGCCCCACGAGGUGAGAUCUUGCAUAGAGCCCCAGACCGAGAGUGAUUGACCGUCAUCUUGAACUUCUUCCAUUUUCUAAUAAUUGCGCCAACAGUUGUUGCCUUCUCACCAAGCUGCUUGCCUAUUGUCCUGUAGCCCAUCCCAGCCUUGUGCAGGUCUACAAUUGUAUCCCUGAUGUCCUUACACAGCUCUCUGGUCUUGGCCAUUGUGGAAAGGUUAGAGUCUGUUUGAUUGAGUGUGUGGACAGGUGUCUUUUAUACAGGUAACGAGUUCAAACAGGUGCAGUUAAUACAGGUAAUGAGUGGAGAACAGGAGGGCUUCUUAAAGAAAAACUAACAGGUCUGUGAUAGCCGGAAUUCUUACUGGUUGGUAGGUGAUCAAAUACUUACGUCAUGCAAUAAAAUGCAAACUAAUUACUUAAAAAUCAUACAAUGUGAUUUUCUGGAUUUUUGUUUUAGAUUCCGUCUCUCACAGUUGAAGUGUACCUAUGAUAAAAAUUACAGACCUCUACAUGCUUUGUAAGUAGGAAAACCUGCAAAAUCAGUAGUGUAUCAAAUACUUGUUCUCCCCACUGUAUAUAUAUAUAUAUAUAUAUAUAUAUAUAUAUAUAUAUAUAUAUAUAAUGGAUGUAGCAACUAAUGAUUAUAUAUUUAAGACUGUUGCUUUAAUUGUGUCUUUAGCCAGAGGCAUGUACACAUGCUGUAGGCCAUAAAUCAGUCAGUUUUUUUCUUUUUUAACUGGAAUCCACUGGAAAUUGCCACAUCAUAGCCCAUUAAUUAAAUGUAAUAUAAGGUGAUUUACUGACAUUCUGUAGAACUCAGCUGUCGAACAGACAGGUGAGGUUGUGACGCAUCCUUUUCAAACAAUGUGUGUUUUUUAGUGUGUUGUAAUAUUUAAGUGUCGUAUUUCUAUCCUGAAGGUGGAUGACUACCAUGGGGUUAAGAUAUGUGACCCUUAUGCCUGGUUGGAAGAUCCUGACAGUGAAGAAACAAAGGUGAUUGUGAUGCAUUAUGGAAAAUACACAAUAACAAGGGAUGUAUUGCAAAAUUAUAGUUGUAACCUAUUCCUGAACUCUGACAUGUGUGCAUGUGUUUUCCCAGGCCUUUGUGGAGGAGCAGAAUAAGCUGACCAUGCCAUUCCUGGAGCAGUGUGCAGUCAGGCCUCAGUUUCACCAGCGGCUAACUGAGCUCUAUGACUACCCCAAAUACAGCUGCCCCUACAAGAGAGGAAACAGGUAGGAACUAAAAAAUACAGCUGCCCCUACAAGAGAAGAAACCGGUUAGGAACUAAACUACAGCUGCCCCUGCAAGAACAGGUUAGGAAUCAGUUGAUGAGCUGAAUCAACAGAUUCAGUGCUGGGCUGGAACAAAAGCCUGCAUACUAUUAUUUCUGUUUCCCAAGAAAAUACACUCACACUCCUAAUUGAUCAUUAGAAAAUCCUUUUGCAAUUAUGUUAGCACAGCUGAAAACUGUUGUACUGAUUAAAGAAGCAAUAAAGACUUAUUGAGACUAGUUGAGUAUCUGGAGUAUCAGAAAUUGUGGGUUCGAUUACAAGAAUUACUGUUCUUGUUCUGAGAAAGAAGGCUAUUCCAUGCGAGAAAUUGCCAAGAAACUGAAGAUCUCGUACAACGCUGUGUACUACUCCCUUCACAGAACAGCGCAAACUGGCUCUAACCAGAAGUGGAGUGGGAGGCCCCGGUGCACAACUGAGCAAGAGGACAAAUACAUGAGUGUCUAGUUUGAGAAACAGAUGCCUCACAUGUCCUCAACUGGCAGCUUCAUUAAAUAGUACCCGCAAAACAUCAGUCUUAACAUCAACAGUGAAGAGGCGACUCCGGGAUGCUGACCUUCUAGGCAGAGUUGCAAAGAACAAGCCAUAUCUCAGACUGGCCAAUAAAAAUUAAAGAUUAAGAUGGGUAAAAUAAGACAUUUCUAAGUGACCCCAAACUUUUGAACGGUAGUGUAUGUUACAUACAGGUUAUUCCACUGGUUGUUAUACACUUUAUAAAGAGUACAUAUGUGUGUCUGAUGCUCUCCAUGGUGUAACAGGCAUUUCCUCUGUCUGUAGGUAUUUCUACUUCCAUAACCAGGGCCUGCAGAACCAGGAUGCGCUCUAUGUGCAGGACUCUCUGGAUGGACCGGCCACAGUCUUCUUUGACCCAAACACACUGUCUGAGGAUGGGACUGUAGCUUUGAAGAGUGAGCUCCUGAUUACUGUAAUACACACAAACACACCGUAACUUUGUCUGUCUCAACCUGAGCCCUCACAACUCCUCCCCCUAUCUUAUCAAGCCAUUUACAUUCUUCCUCUGUUAUUAGAUUUGAUUGCUGUGACAACGGUGGAGUAUAUUGCUAAAACACAAAAACAUCAAUGAUAGGCCUACAUUAUACACUUGCCUCUCUCUACUUCCCCUUCCUCUCUCCUUCCAGUGGGGCGUCUAUCGGAGGAGUGUGAGUACUUUGCAUACGGCCUGAGCUCCAGUGGCUCCGACUGGGUGACAGUGCACUUCCUGAAGGCUGAUGACCUCAUGAAGCUGCCUGAUGUCCUGGACAGGGUGAAGUUCAGCUGCCUGGCCUGGACCCACGAUGCUCGCGGGGUGUUUUAUAACUGCUACCCCCGGCAGGACGGGAAGGCUGAUGGUGAGACACACAGGCACACAAACAUACACACAAACAUACACAAACACAUACAGUGCCUUCGGAAAGUAUUCAGACCCCUUGACAUUUUCCACAUUUUGUUACGUUACAGCCUUAUUCUAAAAUUGAUUAAAUUGUUUUUUUCCCCCCUCGUCAAUCUAAACACAAUACCCCAUAAUGACGAAGCAAAAACAGGUUUUUAGAAAUGUCACAUUUACAUAAGUAUUCAGACCCUUUACUCAGUACUUUGUUGAACACCUUUGUCAGCGAUUACAGCAUCGAGUCUUCUUGGGCAUGACGCUACAAGCUUGGCACACCUGUAUUUGGGGAGUUUCUCAAUCUCAUCUCUGCAGAUCCUCUCAAGCUCUGUCAGGUUGGAUGGGGAGCGUUGCUGCACAGCUAUUUUCAGGUCUCUUCAGAGAUGUUAGAUCGGGUUCAAGUCCGGGCUCUGGCAGGGCCACUCAAGGACAUUCAGAGACUUGUCCCGAAGCCACUCCUGCGUUGUCUUGGCUGUGUGCUUAGGGUCGUUGUCCUGUUAGAAGGUGAACCUUCGCCCCAGUCAGAGGUUCUGAGUGCUGUGGAGCAGGUUUUCAUCCAGGAUCUCUCUGUACUUUGCUCCGUUCAUCUUUGCCUCGAUCCUGACUAGUCUCCCAGUUCCUGCCACCGAAACACAUCCCCACAGCAUGAUGCUGCCACCACCAUGCUUCACCGUAGGGAUGGUGCCAGGUUUCCUCCAGACGUGACACUUGGCAUUCAGACCAAAGAGUUCAAUCUUGGUUUCAUCAGACCAGAGAAUCUUGUUUCUCAUGGUCUGAGAGUCUUUAGGUGCCUUUUGGCAAACUCCAAGCGGGCUGUCAUGUGCCUUUUUACUGAGGAGUGGCUUCCGCCUGGCCACUCUACCAUAAAGGCCUGAUUGGUGGAAUGCUGCAGAGAUGGUUGUCCUUCUGGAAGGUUCUCCCAUCUCCACAGAGGAACUCUAGAGCUCUGUCAGAGUGACCAUCGGGUUCUUGGUCACCUCCCUGACCAAGGCCCUUCUCCCCCGAUUGCUCAGUUUGGCCGGGCAGCCAGCUCUAGGUAGAGUCUUGGUGGUUCCAAACUUCUUCCAUUUAAGAAUGAUGGAGGCCACUGUGUUCUUGGGGACCUUCAAUGCCGCAGAAAUAUUUUGGUACCCUUUCCCAGAUUUGUGCCUCGACACAAUCCUGUCUCGGAGCUCUACUGAGAAUUCCAUCGACCUCAUGGCUUGGUUUUUGCUCUGACAUGCACUGUCAACUGUGGGACCUUAUAUAGACAGGUGUGUGCCUUUCCAAAUCAUGUCCAAUCAAUUGAAUUUACCACGGAUGGACUCCAAUCAAGUUGUAGAAACAUCUCAAGGAUGAUCAAUGGGAACAGGAAGCACUUGAGCUCAAUUUCGAGUCUCAUAGCAAAGGAUCUGAAUACUUAUGUAAAUAAGCUAUCUGUUUUUUACUUUUAAUACAUUUGGAAAAAAAAUCUACAAAUCUGUUUUUGCUUUGUCAUUAUGGGGUAUUGUCUGUAGAUUGCUGAGGAAUUGUUUUUAUUUAAUCCAUUUUAGAAUAAGGCUGUAACGUAACAAAAUGUGGAAAAAGUCAAGGGGUCUGAAUACUUUCCGUAUACAGUACAAAAUAGUGUACAAGUGCACAGACACAUUGAAAAACACACACACACUAUUAUACAAGCACAUACGCACAGAAGUGAAGAUACAGUGCAUUGCAAAAGUAUUCAUCCCCCUUGGUGUUUUUCCAAUUUUGUUGCAUUAUAACCUGUAAUUUAAAUGGAUUUUUAUUUGGAUUUCAUGUAAUGGACAUACACAAAAUAGUCCAAAUUGGUGAAGUGAAAUGAAAAAAAUUGUUUCAAAAGUAUUCACCUCCUUGGCAUUUUUCCUAUUUUGUUGCCUUACAACCUCGAAUUAAAAUUAUUUUUUUGGGGGGGUUUGUAUCAUUUGAUUUACACAACAUACCUACCACUUUGAAGAUGCAAAAUAUGUGUUAUUGUGAAACAAUAACUAUUCACCCCCCCCCCCCCCCCCCCCCAAAGUCAAUACUUUGUAGAGCCACCUUUUGCAGCAAUUACAGCUGCAAGUCUCUUGGGGUAUGUCUCUCUAAGCUUGGCACAUCUAGCCACUGGGAUUUUUGCCCAUUCUUCAAGGCAAAACUGCUCCAGGUCCUUCAAGUUAUAAUAUAAUAUGCCAUUUAGCAGACGCUUUUAUCCAAAGCGACUUACAGUCGUGCGUGCAUACAUUUUUGUGUAUGGGUGGUCCCGGGGAUCGAACCCACUACCUUGGCGUUACAAGCGCCGUGCUCUACCAGCUGAGCUACAGAGGACCAAGUUGGAUGGGUUCCGCUGGUGUACAGCAAUCUUUAAGUCAUACCACAGAUUCUCAAUUGGAUUGAGGUCUGGGCUUUGACUAGGCCAUUCCAAGAUAUUUAAAUGUUUCCCCUUAAACCAUUCAAGUGUUGCUUUAGCAGAUUGUCCUGCUGGAAGGUGAACCUCCAUCCCAGUCUCAAAUCUCUAGAAGACUGAAACAGGUUUCCCUCAAGAAUUUCCCUGUAUUUAGCGCCAUCCAUCAUUCCUUCAAUUCUGACCAGUUUCCCAGUCCCUGCCGAUGGAAAAACAUCCCCACAGCAUGAUGCUGCCACCACCAUGCUUCACUGUGGGGAUGGUGUUCUCGGGGUAAUUAGAGGUGUUGGGUUUGCGCCAAACAUAGCGUUUUCCUUGAUGGCCAAAAAGCUCAAUUUUAGUCUCAUCUGACCAGAGUACCUUCUUCCAUAUGUUUGGGGAGUCUCCCACAUGCCUUUUGGCGAACACCAAAUGUGUUUGCUUAUUUUUUUCUUUAAGCAAUGGCUUUUUUCUGGCCACUCUUCCGUAACGCCCAGCUCUGUGGAGUGUAUCGCUUAAAGUGGUCCUAUGGACAGAUACUCCAAUCUCUGCUGUGGAGCUUUGCAGCUCCUUCCGGGUUAUCUUUGGUCUCUUUGUUGCCUCUCUGAUUAAUGCCCUCCUUGCCUGGUCCGUGAGUUUUGGUGGGCGGCCCUCUCUUGGCAGGUUUGUUGUGGUGCCAUUUUCUUUCCAUUUUCUAAUAAUGGAUUUAAUGGUGCUCCGUGGGAUGUUCAAAGUUUCAGAUAUUUUUUUAUAACCCAACCCUGAUCUGUACUUCUCCACCACUUUGUCCCUGACCUGUUUGGAGAGGUCCUUGGUCUUCAUGGUGCCGCUUGCUUGGUGGUGCCCCUUGCUUAGUGGUGUUGCAGAUUCUGGGGCAUUUCAGAACUGGUGUAUAUAUAUACUGAGAUCAUGUGACAGAUCAUGUGACACUUAGAUUGCACACAGGUGGACUUUAUUUAACUAAUUAUGUGACUUCUGAAGGUAAUUGGUUGCACCAGAUCUUAUUUAGGGGCUUCAUAGCGAAGGGGGUGAAAACAUUUGCACGCACCACUUUUCCGUUAUUUAUUUUUUUGAAUUAUUUGAAAUAAGUUAUUUUUUUCACUCCACUUCACCAAUUUGGACAAUUUUGUGUAUGUCCAUUACAUGAAAUCCCAAUAAGAAUCCAUUUAAAUUACAGGUUGUAAUGCAACAAAAUAGGAAAAACGCCAAGGGGGAUGAAUACCCUUGCAAGGGACUGUAUAAUAAAGCAUUACAUGCAUAAUCGCAUUUGCUGUCACUUUCGAGAAUAGUGUUUUCCCGCUAAUUGAUUGCAUUUUGGAACAUUUGCGCUUAUAGCCUACUGCCGUGUGCGCAUUGCUGCGCACAUAAUGUGAAAAAAUAGCCUAAUAGUUUAUCAAUAUUUUAAGCUAAACGAUCAGCCUCAUUGCUUUUAAAAGGUUUUUUGAUGCGAGGGGUUGUAUUUGGGAUCUAUCGCAACUGUCCCAGAGUAUGUUUGGAUUUUCUUUCUUUCUUGCACAGAAGGACAAGUUGACCAAUAGAAUAGGUCAACCUUUGUACUAUGGGGGAUAGUAGAUUGACAUAGGCUAGUGCUUUCGCUGUUCGUUAGGCCUACUCAUCUUGUUGGCUGACGAAAAGUAGGCUAUAAGCGCAAACUGUAUGGACAGUUGUAAUAUAUUCAAUAUGCACCUCGGAAUUCGAUGAGGGACGCGCGCAGUUGCGUCCCCGAUGUGUCUGUCUUCAUUCACUUGUAGCCUACUUCUUAGCUGAAAUGCCUAUGAGAAGGACCCGUUCAUGUGACGGGCAUUUGCUACAUCUGAGAGAGCCAUGUGAGUGAGAGGUGCUUCGGAGCACGGCAGCCUGGAGAAGGGAAUUAUAAUUAGCCUAUUAUAUUCAACCCAAGGGCACAAAGGCCACUUUGGCCGCAAAAGGCAUGGAUUUUUUAGGGGGCAUUACGGUCACACAAGGGGGAUGCCGCUGGGAUAUUAGAGGCCUGGUGAGAAUAUUAUCAAGUGCUUGUCAAAGUGUGAAUGAGAGACUGAUGAAGUGUGUGCAGCUUGUGACUUUUUUCAAAUCAUCAUUAGAGUCCCAUCAUGCAGCCUUAGAAUGUAUUAAACAUCAAAACAUAUAGCCCAACGUUUGUAUCACAACUAAAGUUACAUAAAUAACUCUAAAUUAAGCACAUAGGAGGACCAGUUUCUUUCUUAACUGCUCAACACGGAAUAGUCACAUGUGCGCACUUCCUUUGAAAUCGUUUGGAGAAAAUAUCCUUUCUAUUUUAUUAAGCUAUGUUCAAUUGUAUUCUUCAUACUAUAAAAUAAUAAAAAAUAACGCCACGGAAUUCUAAGCAAGUCUUGUCUGCUAAAUAAACUAGUGUAGCCCACAGCCAUAUGGCAUAGCCAUAUCAGGGCCUAACAUAAGGACGACUCAAAGUAUGCUAUUCUGUUCUUCUGAAAUAAAAAUCAUGUUUCGUUAGACCUGUCUAAAAUAAAUAAUUGAUUUAUUGUGAUGGUGUAGGCUAUAAUAAAUGCAUGUAUUAUACUUUUUUUUAAAUGUAGAUGUUCCAAAGGUCUGCAUCAGUGGCUUGUAGGCUGUGCGUGGAAGCAAGGAGAUGCUAAACAUGUUUAUGCUAAUUAACGGUCAAUUACCAUGAGACCAGCAGUUAUUUGUUUGACCAAUCACUGGCUCCCAAAAUUUCAUGACCACCAUAGCCCUAGUUCCGACAUCCGGUUUUCAGUGGAAAAGGAAGCUAGGUUCAAUUAGAUGUAUCCCUGAAAACCGAAUGCAUCCGGUUGUUGCAACUCCGCUAAAGGUGCUGUUACCCAAUCAGCUUUCUGCAUUGCUCCACACAGGCACAGAGACCACAUCCAACCUCAACCAGAAACUCUACUACCAUGUGAUCGGCACCAACCAAUCAGAGGACAUCCUGGUGGCUGAGUUCCCUGACAAUCCAAAAUGGCACAGUGGAGUAACGGUGGGCUUAGAAGAGAGAAUGCUUUUUCCAUUCCAUUUCCCACCUGUUGUACACCACAUUCUCCAUAUGAAUCUACUGCUAUCACUCUGUCAAUCUCUCUUUAUGUCUCAUCUCCCUCACUUUUGUCUCUCUCCUCCACCUUGUUUGCAUCUCUUUCUCAAUCCCAGAUCUGUCUUCUCUGUCUAUCUUAUGAUCUCAAUUUGUAAGUAAAGACUCGCAUUGCUAAUGCAGGCAUAGCGUCAGCUAGUACUCAAGCAUCAGAUCAUUUUAGUAUUUUCUUUCUCAAUCAUAUGCUCUGUCCCCCUAUCUCACAAUCUGUCUCUCUCUCACUCUCAUGCCUGCACUAUCUCUGUCUCUCUCUCUCUCUCUAGGUGUCAGAUGACGGCAGGUAUGCAGUGUUGGACAUCACAGAGGGCUGUGAGCCAGUCAACCAGCUGUGGUAUUGUGACCUGCAGAAGCUGCCCAAUGGCAUCACAGGUCUGUCCCUACCAUCUUAAUCAGACCCUGAAUACCUGACAUCAUAGGAGCGUCCCAAUACUAGUUCUUAUUGUCCUGUACAGAUGCGGUCAAAUAUUUUUGCACCCUUGCACGAUUAACUUUUUCUUCUAAAAUAAGUUGAAAUUAAAACAACUUUUGGUAUUUGAUUUACAACUGCACAGGACCAAGAAAAACUGAAAUGUAGGUUUUUCACUUCAAAGUAAAAAAAUGGCCUGGACUAAAUUAUUCAAAUUUAAAUUUAAAUGAAUGUGGUUGGAGGCAAGUGAUUCUAGUUGACUGGUAAUGUAUCUCUAACCACAUUCUGCUCCAUUGCACUCCAUUGUAUAUUGCAAGCGUGCCAAUAUAUACUGAACAAAAAUAUAAACGCAACAUGCAACAAUUUCAAAGUUCCUAUAAGGAAAUAAAUAAAUUAGGCCCUAAUCUAUGGAUUUGGGGAGCCUGGCCCAGCCAAUCAGAAUGAGUUUUUCCCCACAAAAGGGCUUUAUUGCAGACAGUAAUACUCCUAAGCUUUUUGUGCGUAUGGAACAUUUCUGGGCCUUUUUAUUUCAGCUCAUGAAACAUGGGACCAACAAUUUACAUGUUGCGUUUAUAUUUUUGUUCAGUAUUUGACUGCAUCUGUACCCAUAGGCCUGCUGCCCUGGGUGAAGCUGGUGGCUAACUUUGAGGCGCAGUACUCCUACAUCACCAACGAGGGCAGUGUGUUCACUUUCCGCACCAACCUGGAUGCCCCUCGCUACUGCCUGAUCAACAUUGACCUGGAGAAACCAGACAAGGACCACUGGAGGACCCUCCUACCCCAGCACGACAAGGACGUCCUGGGUAAGAGAAACUUGAGCAGUGGUCUCAAACAUGUUUUCACUUUGUCAUUAUGGGGUAUUGUGUGUAGACAGGUGAGAAAAAAUCAUAUUAAAUAAAUUUGGAAUUCAGGCUAUAACACAACAAAAUGUGGAAUAAGUAAAGGGGUAUGAAUACUUUCUGAAGGCACUGUAAGCAUUGUCCAGGAACUUUGUCUCAUGAAUUACGUUUUGACAUCCACCACACCUGCAAGAGGUUUGCGACGUAGCAAGUUUCUAGGUCAUAAGAUACCUAUCCAGGCUUGGUAAGAUCUGGCACGCAUCUUCAAUCUAGUCGGGCAGGAACAGUUCAUAUGAAAGUGCAUCACUUUUCACGUGAUGUCUACCCCUUUGACAUACCACAAGGAUGUUCUUCACCAAAACAUAUUGCUACCAUAUUGACUGAUAUCAUUAGAGCAGUGGUGUUUCAUCUGCCUAUAAGGGCUGUAUUUUAACAAAGCUAACGCAAUGGUAAAUCUUAGUGCUGGCAGUAGCGUUAUAGGUUUGGGGGUGAGUCCAAAAUAUUUGUGCUAUUUUCACAACCGAAAUGAUGGACACAUUAGCUGGCAGUGGUGCGAAAAGGCUGGGUUUUGAUGAAUAAACAAGUUGUGUCGAGGCUUGGCCAAUCAGAACGUGCUCCAUGGCUAAAUAUGUGGUUGCUUUAGGUUGUGUAUUUAUGGUAUUUUAUAUAUAUAUCAUCAUCUCCAAUUCGAAUGUUAGUCUGUUAUAGCCUAGUUCGUUAAAUAGCCAGCCCCAUAUUUGCUAAAUACGAUGAAUAUGUUUGUAGUCCACAUUGUUCUAAUUGCAUUGCUUUAAUAUGGAAAUACAUUCUUAAACAUAGGUUAUAGCAUUUGCACUGAUAUAGGGACUAGGCCUACUGUAAAUUGCAGUCUGGACAUGGACAUGCCAAACGUAGUCAAUAAGCAAGAUUCAAUUCACUAGGCUAUUGAUAAGGCCUAAAAAGACAGUGUAUAAUUCUAAACAAAUUCUAAUAAAAACGAAACGACAACUUGUUUUAAAUAGGCUAUGUCUAAAUACAUUUACAGGCACCAUAAUUGCUCCCCGUGGGCGUAUAAUACAGACAAGGCAACAGAUCAUGAAGGGUUUUACACACAUCCAAACUUUUCACAGGAGCUGGAUAAAGAUCCAAUAUAAAGAGAAAGGGGGUACGUCCAUUCACCAUUAUACUGCUCGCAAAUGUAAUGUUUUAUAAACAUCAUGGAACCAUCUUACAGUUAAUAUUUGCACUUCUCCAGAAACAGCAGACGAAAUUGCAUUGGAUUCGAGCCAUGUACGUUCUCACCAUAAACCCAUGGAUGGUGAAUGUUUCUAAUAAGUAUGGUUUUUAAUCAAAUUAAGUGAAAAACAAUCAAUCCGUUUUUUUUUUUUAAACCAACAACAAUAUUUCUAAAUAGGAUCAGAUCAGAAGGAUGAUGUCAUAAAUCUCUUCUCUCGUUCCACGGCACUGUGUGCACAUGUAGGCCUAAAUGUCUUUACACAUAACAUUUGCACGUCUAUACAAAAUACUAGGUUCCUGUCAAUUGUAUCGUUUCCUAAGUGCGAGGCAGAGUCUCAAAAGAAUCUGCUGUUGAUAUGGCAUUAUAGAAUGACUGAAUAGUUUGGAGGAGCUUGUCUUUGGUAAUCGGACGAGUGGUGCUCUUUGAAAAUAGGGAUGGAUAGCCUACUUGAUCAAGCGAAAUGCAGGUAUGUGAAUUGUGAAUAAUGAAAAAGCAUGAGGGCAAAAACCUCAAAAAUAUUUCAGUAUACCUGCCUCCUUCACUCAUGCUGCCAAACAUGCCCUCGUUAAACUGACUAUCCUACCGAUCCUUGACUUCGGCGAUGUCAUUUACAAAAUAGCCUCCAACACUCUACUCAACAAAUUGGAUGUAGUCUAUCACAGUGCCAUCCGUUUUGUCACCAAAGCCCCAUAUACUACCCACCACUGUGACCUGUACGCUCUUGUUGGCUGGCCCUCACUACAUAUUCGUCGCCAAACCCACUGGCUCCAGGUCAUCUAUAAAUCACUUCUAGGCAAAUCCCCACCUUAUCUUAGCUCAUUGGUCCCGUCUCCUGAGUGGCGCAGUGGUCUAAGGCACUGCAUCGCAGUGCUAGCUGUGCCACUAGAGAUCCUGGUUCGAAUCCAGGCUCUGUCGUAGCCGGCCACGACCGGGAGACCCAUGGGGCGGCGCACAAUUGGCCCAGCGUCGUGCAUGGUAGGGGAGGGAAUGGCCGGCAGGGAUGUAGAGCAUGGCGUUUGCAACGCCAGGGUUGUGGGUUCAAUUCCCACGGGGGGCCAGUAUGAAAAAUAAAAAGAUAAUGUAAGUCGCUCUGGAUAAGAGCGUCUGCUAAAUGACUAAAAUGUAAAAAUGUAAAAUGGUCCCCCUAGCAACACCCACCCGUAGUAUGCGCUCCAGCAGGUAUAUCUCACUGGUCAUCCCCAAAGCCAACACCUCCUUUGGCCGCCAUUCCUUCCAGUUCUCUGCUGCCAAUGACUGGAAUGAACUGUAAAAAUCUCUGAAGCUGGAGACUGUUAUCUCCCUCACUAACCUUAAGCAUCAGUUGUCAGAGCACCUUACUGAUCACUGCACCUGUACACAGCCCAUCUGAAAUUAGCCCACCCAACUACCUCAUCCCCAUAUUGUUAUUUAUUUUGCUCAUUUGCACCCCAGUAUCUCUAUUUGCACAUCAUCUCUUGCACAUCUAUCAUUCCAGUGUUAAUACUAAAUUGUAAUUAUUUUGCACUAUGGCCUAUUUAUUGCCUUACCGCCAUAACUUGCUACAUUUGUACACACUGUAUAUACAUUUUCUGUUGUAUUUUUGACUUUAUGUUUUGUUUACCCCAUAUGUAACUCUGUGUUGUUUUUUAUCGCACUGCUUUGCUUUAUCUUGGCCAGGUCGCAGUUGUAAAUGAGAACUUGUUCUCAACUGGUUUACCUGGUUAAAUAAAGGUGAAAUAAAAAUAAAAUAUUUUAAAAAAGACAAUUUAAAACCUUUGUUCAUAGGCUACUUUUGGCUAAUGGUUAGGAUAAAAAGACACCUAUGCGAAGCUGCUAAACCAGCCUUGGGUAAUGUCAUGGCUGGAUAGGCUGCGCUCCCGCUCACGCGCAACAGUUUCCCGUUGGUAACAAGAAUGGUCCACCUUCCAAAGGACAUCCAGCCAACAGCAGGCCAGUGGUCGAAAACGGGUCAUUGAUGAAAUGGGACAAAGGAGGCUGACACGAAUUGUGCAGCGCAAUAGAUGGGCUACAGUUAGUCAAGUGACAGUCCAGUACAACAUUGGUGCCCAAAGACCCAUAAAAGAAUGCAUGACUCGUCGUACUUUGACACGAAUGGGGUAUGGCAGCCGACGACCUUACAGAGUUCCACUUCUUUCAGCAGUGGGCUAAGGAACAAAAACACUGGAGAAUUGGAAAAACAUUGCCUGGUCUGAAGAAUCCCGGUUCCUGCUGAUGGGAGGACUAGGGUAUGAAGAAAACCAUGAGUACAUGCAUCCAUCAUGCCACGUGUCAACAUUGCAAGCUGGUGGUGGUGGUGUGAUAGUGUGGGGUGGGUUUUCAUAGCAUACAUUGGGUCCCUUGAUAAAAGUGGAGCAACAUUUGAAUGCCACAGGAUAUCUGAACAUCAAUGCCAAUCAGGUGCAUCCAUUCAUGGCAGCAGUGAAUUAAUUUUUUCAGCAGGAUAAUGCCCCAUGCCACAAGGCUAGGAUUAUCCAGGAAUGGUUCCAAGAACAUGACAGUGAAUUCAGCUUACUGCAGUGGCCUGCCCAGUCACCAGGUCUCAAUCCAAUUGAGCAUCUGUGGGAUGAGAUGGAAUGAGCUAUUCAGAGUAGAGAUCCACUGCCAACUAAAUUGACACAACUGUGGGAAGCAUUGGAGUCAACAUGGGCCAGCGUCCCCGUGGAAUCUUGUAGAGUCCAUGCCCCGACGAAUUGAGGAUGUUCUGAGGGCAAAAGGGUGUGCAACUCAAUCAACUCAAUAUUAGGAAGAUGUUCCUAAUGUUUUGUACACUCAAUGUAUAUGUCAGGUUGUUGGUGCAUUAUUCCUUUAUUAUAAUCCAAGACCAGUUUCAUUAUUUAGCUGAAAAUGGUUCAAGUUUUAAACAGAAAUAAAUGACCUGCUGAUAUGCUCAUAAAGAACCCAAUUAGCCUACAUUGUAAGCAUUUUCUCUGUGUUCCUAUAGGCUCUGUGGCCUGUGUGAACCAGCGCCACCUGCUGGUCAACUAUGUCCAUGAUGUGAAGGACAUCCUGCAGCUGUAUGAGCUGUCCACUGGUGGUCUGGUCAGAGAUCUGCCUCUGGACGUGGGCACUGUGGUGGGCCUCAGCUGUAAGAAGAAACACUCCGACUUCUUCUACAAGUUCACCUCCUUCACCACGCCAGGUACUGUACUGUCACGCAGGGGAUACUCCAACUUAUUUUGUGGUGUUAGAUAGAUGAAAAUGAUAUGUAAUUUAUUGUGACUAACCUAUGAACGAGUCUGAAGUGUUUAUGCCUCCUUUUGUGUAUUUUCACAUAAUUAUGAUUCAUUAGGGAUUAUAUCCUCACUAUUACUAUUGAGUGACAACUAACAUUCAACACAAAGGAAGACUUAACAUUGAAUACUACUGUUGGGUACCCUCCCUGCCAACUUUCUCUUUAUCUCUAACUUUUGACCUCCUUAUGUCGUGUCCCUCCCAGGUGUGAUCUACCACUGUGACUUGAGCCAGGCGUCUCCAGAUCCCACAGUGUUCAGACAGGUGGAGGUGAAGGGUAUUCAACCAGAGGACUAUGACACCAACCAGGCAUGACAACAGCAGAUUCCACUAUUUACAGUAACAACUUAUAGUAUCUUGACAAUCUCAGUAUGACAACAUUGCUGUGUGUUUCAGGUGUUUUACCCCAGUAAGGAUGGAACUAAAAUCCCCAUGUUUCUGGUGCACGCCCGGGGCCUAAAGAAGGAUGGAUCACAUCCUGUCUUCCUGUAUGGAUAUGGAGGCUUUGAGCACUCCAUCCAACCAUACUACAAGUUAGUAUCACAAUGCAUGAAUCUCCAGUGGAACAUUAUGUAUCUUUCCCCUCCAGGAAUUCAGUCUAUAAUUCAUCCAAAUAACCUGUAUUCUGUGUCAGUGUGAUUUGAUUGACACCUGUCUGCUCUGUGUCUCUCUGUGUGUGUCAGUGUUCCAUACCUGCUUUUUGUCAAACACCUGGGGGGAAUCCUGGCUGUAGCCAACAUCAGAGGAGGAGGGGAGUAUGGACAGACCUGGCACAAAGGUACUGUAUCUUCACCACCUAAAGACACAUAGAAAUAGCUUGAUUUAACCUAAAACUACGGGCUGUGAUUCGCUAGUCUAUUUUACUAGCACAGCUUUUCACUAUUUUGCCUUCACCUUUCAUCCUUGGGUGGAGCUAAUGAGAUGAGCAGGAAACUACUGUAGAUAUGACUAUUGAGAUCCAGCCCCAGUUUAUCUCUGUAGCUCAGUUGGUAGAGCAUGGCGGCGCUUUGGCAAUUGCAACGGCAGGAUAGUGUGUUUGAUUCCCGGGACCACCUGCACGUAAAAUGUAUGGAUGCUUUGCAUGCUUUGGUUAAAAAUGUCUGCUAAAUGGCCAUUAUUAUUAUUAUUAUAUUAUCUAUAGACUAUGGCUGUAUCCUGUCGAGUUGAAUUCCUGUCUCUGUCUAGGUGGUACGCUGGGGAACAAGCAGAAUUGCUUUGAUGACUUCCAGUGUGCAGCAGAGUAUCUGAUCCAAGAGAACUACACCACAGCCAGCCGUAUAGCCAUCAACGGAGCCUCCAAUGGGGGACUGCUCGUGGGUAUGGAGAGGGGAUGGGGAAGUGUGUGUGUGUGUGUGUGUGUGUGUGUGUGUGUGUUUUAAGACAAUAUUUCUAAAUUGUCUCCUAGUUCGAUCAGUCAUAACUGCAUUAUCUAUUUUCAUUUUUUUAUAUCUUCAGUAUAAUUGUUAAUGUAAAAUCCAUCAAAUAGUAGUUAGCUACUUGGCUUCAAUUAAUUCAGUGAUUACACAACACAUUAAACAAUAGUUAGCUACAUGAUUUAGAAAGACUGCCAACCAUAUGGCAUUGUACAAACCCAACUAAAGUGUACUUCCCUAUUUUAAGUGGCCAUUAUGAAAGAUUGGAUGUUGCUGUAGUGUGUGUGUGUGUGCUUGUCAAAGAGUGAGUUGGGUAUGUUUUAAAAAGUAGAAUUACGCAUUUAACAAGUGUAAGAUAGGUCUCUUUCACUCACAACACACCUAGAAUCUCACUGCCGAUAGGUACUUAUCACAGUGGGAGCCCGUUCCUUCUCUUGCUAGAACAAAAGCAGUACAUGCUGUGUGCCAAACAACACUGCUGCCACCUUCUGGUUUGGAGUAUUUUAACUAGGUUGAGUGGCUGAUGACUUCCAAGGUCUUGGCUGUGUGGACACAAAAGAGAUUGACUAAGACACUGUUCAGAGGUGCUAAGUACUGUUGGCAGGUAAAUGUUUGACAAUCCUACCGGUGUGUCUGAGAUUUAACUCUCUCACUCACACACACCCAGCGGCAUGUGUGAACCAACGUCCGGACCUGUUUGGCUGUGCUGUGGCAGAAGUUGGGGUGAUGGACAUGCUCAAGUUCCACAAGUUCACCAUCGGCCACGCCUGGACCACUGACUACGGCUGUGCAGACCACCUUGAGCAGUUCAAAUGGCUCUUUGAGUAAGUCUGGCAUACUCAAUCUCACAAACACACUCACUAAACAUACAUCAAAUACUGAACAUGACCACAAACGCAUUGGACGCAGCAUUGUAGCUCUGCACAUGCACUUCGUAAUUUGUACAAUAAAUAUUUGGAACAUACAUCAAAUACUGAACAUGACCACAAACGCAUUGGACGCAGCAUUGUAGCUCUGCACAUGCACUUCGUAAUUUGUACAAUAAAUAUUUGGUAGAACUAAAUUCUCUCCCCUCUCACUCUCAGGUACUCCCCUCUUCACAACCUCCCCCCUGCCCCUCAAGCUGGCGCUGUCUACCCUGCCAUGCUCCUACUGACUGCCGACCAUGACGACCGGGUGGUGCCCCUCCACACCCUGAAGUACUGUGCCACACUGCAGCACGGUGUGGGCAGCAGCUCCGGGCAGCGCCAGCCUCUCAUGGUCAGGGUGGACACCCGCAGCGGGCAUGGAGCGGGCAAGCCUACUGCUAAGGCCAUCCUGGAGGAUACACACAUCUUUUCCUUCAUCGCUCAGACACUGGGGCUGAGCUGGAGAGAGUGAGGGAGGGAGGAGGAUUAGGGGGAGGAGAAAAUGGGAGUG